AUUGAACAUGAAACCGAAGCAACCGUACGGAAACUCGUCAAACGUGACGAAAAUACUAACCGGUCGAGCCUACUGGGAUAUGGAGCAUGUGCUCCGGAAGCGGCUGCGAACGGCCCCACAGUUCGUCGAUAACAUCGAGCUGGAAGCGGAACUGCGCGGCCACAACGGAUGCGUGAACUGUUUGCAGUGGAGCGAUAAUGGGCAAAUUCUAGCUUCCGCAUCGGACGAUUUCCAUGUGAUGCUGUGGGAUCCGUUUCGUCACAAGCAGCUGCACGAUCUGCUGACACCGCACGAGGGUAACAUUUUUUCCGUAAAGUUCCUGCCGAAGCGAAACAAUUCCCUCCUGGUUACCGGAGCCGGCGAUUGCAAGACGUACGUGUUCGAUAUCAACCGACAAAAUGAUACCCCGAUCCGGCACUGCAGUUGCCACGGGCAGCGCGUCAAACGUUUGGCCACCUCGCCGCGUAAUGCACACAUGUUCUGGUCGGCCGGCGAGGAUGGGCUCGUGCUGCAGCAUGAUAUACGCCAACCGCACGUUUGCCGCGGACAGGAUGCGAACGUACUGAUCGAUCUGCGAAGCUACGUGUACGCAGCGCCGGAAGUGAAAUGUAUCGCUAUCAACCCACAGCGUCCCGAGCAGCUAGCUAUUGGUGCAAAUGAUAUAUACGCUCGGCUUUACGAUCGGCGGAUGAUUUCACUAGGCAAGCUCGAUAAGAGUACGAAUGUGGUAAGUGACGCUGCUUCCAAUGGAACUACGACGGAAAGUAUCCCGCGGGAUGGUUGUGUGAAGUAUUUCUGUCCCGGGCAUUUGGGUAGCAAAUAUCAAGCCGCCCAUCAGUUGGGUGAUAUUUAUCAGUACAAAGCAGUCACUUACCUCACAUUUAGUCCGGAUGGCUCGGAGCUGCUCGCUAACAUGGGCACGGACCAUAUUUAUCUGUACGAUGUUACCCAUCCGCGGCAUCCACUGUUUCUAGAAUUGCCAAAGUUCCCGAGUAGCCCACCAAACGGCAGUACGAAUGCGAGCGAAUGUGGUGGAACAGAAGCACAGACAUCUGUUGGGACCGAGAAAACGAAACACAAGUUCCCGCCAGAUGUGGAGCAGCUGAAAAAGGAAGGCAAUGCAAGCCUAGAGAAGGAUCAGUUCCUGCAGGCGAUCAAUAAAUACACGCAAGCGAUACAGAAAGUAAACGGGAAGGAUUGUGCGAUAUUUUACCUAAAUCGUGCAACGGCUCUGAUGAAGCGAGGAUGGUACGGCGAUGUGUAUGCUGCAGUUCGCGACUGUCACACAGCGUUGCGACUGGAUCCACACUACGUGAAAGCUCAUUUCCGGUUGGCCAAAGCACUGCUCAAGCUGGAAAAGCUAAAGGAGGCACUGAUCUGCCUAGAAGAACUGAUACGACGGUUUCCUUCGUACGCAAAGAAUCCCGGCAUCCUAAUGCUCGAAAAGGACAUUGGGAUUGAGAUGGAAAAGGCAAGCCAACGGUCAGUGUCCAGACGAAGUUCGGAAGUUGAGAACGAAAGUUAUGCUGAAAAGGAAAAGUACUGGCGAACGUUGGCAAUGGACUAUGAGCAGCGUUAUAUCGGUCAUUGCAAUACGAAGACGGACAUUAAGGAGGCAAAUUAUUUCGGUGAUUCAAAUUACAUCGUAGCCGGAUCCGACGAUGGUAACUUCUUCAUCUGGAACCGACACACCGGCAUCAUUCACUCCAUCUAUCAAGCGGACGAGCUUAUUGUUAACUGCGUGCAGCCACAUCCGUUCACCUGCAUGCUGGCGACGAGUGGCAUCGAUCAUGAGGUCCGGCUCUGGUCACCACAAUCGCCGGAAAAGCCGGCCAUGCGGCGGAUGACAAAUGUCGACAUCGUGGUAGACGACAAUCAGACCCACAUGCAGAUCGAUCCGUUCGAUUCGAUUGCACCGGACCAGGCGAUCUGUCGGGCUAGUUAGCUUCUGGCGCAACUGAUUGGCAGUAUCAUUCAUGUGAUUAAAGCUAGCAUUAAUAAAUUAUUCGCUCGGGUUCGGUUUCUGUAAACGGCUCCGACACCCACAUGGCAAAGGAAAUCAUGCUCAG